AUAUUUGGAAUUGACUAUGGUUCUGCUAACAACAUAAUAACAGAAUGGUUGUUUCAACUCUUUUGUUUUCUAUUUCUGAAAGUGAAAACUACAUUUCCUGAGUAGCAUCUUGUAUCCAUAAAAACAUCCUACAAAACUGGUUCUGAUAUUGGAAUAAUAUAAUGCCAUAAGAAGUAAAGUUUCAAGGAAAUAUAGACCUAAGGAUUAUAUGUGAAAUCAUGGAGCAACUGGCAUACGUGAAAGCCAAAUACCAGUAUGAAUACCAAUCACAUUCGGGAGAACCCCGGAGGAUGCAGCCCGGGGAUCAAUUUAUCCUGAUAAAAAAAUCAAACGAAGACUGGUGGUAUGUCCAGCAGAAAGGGGAUCCCAAAGGGGUGUACUUGCCAGCAACAUAUUUAGAGGAAAUUGUAAAUAGUAACAGAGAAGGUAUUUCAAAUCCCAAGGAACGAAUGUCAUCUUUCGGAAAUAACAGAGCCUCCUUGCGAAGCCCAAUACAGGUUAACAGCUUUGAAAAUGUAAUUGAUUCUAUGUCAAAAAUGAAAACAGAGGAAGAACCUACCUAUAUGAACUAUAGACGAAGCAACUCAACAGAGGAUAAUGAGAAUUGCCAUACUGACAAUAAAAACCGAACUAUUUUUAACUCAAAGACAGUUUCCAUAUACGAUGAUGAAAUGUAUAGGACGAAUUCAUUUAUUCCAAGAUUUCCAGUAGACUCUAGUUCACAACCCAGUAAAUCUUUCUCAACUUUUCAUCCGAGUGGCACUUCACCUGCUAAAGUCCGUCCGGCAGCAUCACCUGAAUAUUCAGCUCCAGCAAUUGGAUUAUUGAAUGACCAAACACUGCCCCCAGGAUGGCAAAAGGGACAAGAUGACGCAGGUCUUCCGUACUACACGCAUGAAAACUCUACUGAAAGGUGGCGGAUGAAUAAAGAUGAAAAUGGACGAUCUUACUACUACAAUGAAAAUGGUCAUUCCUCCAAAUGGGAGCUUCCAGACCUUUCACAUGUGAAUCUGCCAUCUAGACGAUUGUCAGAAAACCUGGACGAUCUUGGACCGAGGCGUACUCGCAGCAAGCGGGCGUCUGGCGACCGUAGUUUAAAAGCGAAAUCUGUGUACGUGCAAAGAGAUUCACGGCGGAGUAAGACUCUUCCUGGUGGCAUCCCAGAAAAUGAAUUUGUUAGUAUUUCUGCUCCCUUUCCUGCAAAACUUCCAACAAGUUUUUCAGCGUAUGACAUCGACCGUAGGGUGGAGGAAGACUCACCACCAACACUAGCUGAUAAAACUGGCCAUCUGUACUGCUUAAGGUUGAAGGAUCACCGUAAAACCAGAAACAAAUGGUCCAAGGUGUACGUUGUACUCACACAUUCAUCGAUAGUUAUUUAUAAGGAUCAACAAAUGUUUGAGGGACGGGGUGGGAGCCUGGGUCGUCCAGAAAGCAGUAUUGAACUUAAUGAAGCAACAGUAAAAGUAGCAGAAAAGGACUUCAGACCUAAGGGUAAAAAUGCAUUUCAUCUAAUAUCUAACACGGGAGUAGAAAUGGUCUUACACUCGGAUAAAUCACAGGAAACUGAUGCAUGGUAUGAGACAAUUAUUGAGAAGAUUAGUAAACUGUCACCUCCCGGUCACAGGCCAGACAGAAAGGGCAAACAUAGUGUUUCUGAUGAGGACAACGACAUUCCAACUCUUAAUCCAAGAGCGUCUAGGAAACAAAAUACCGACAAGAAGAAAAUACGGAGUAAAUUGUUACCAUUUAUAGUAAGGAGACCGACAAAGAGGGAUUUAGAAAUCAAAGGAAUUCUUAAAGAGGAAAAUGUCUUUGGCAAGAGACUUGAUAAGUUAUGUGAGAAAGAAGGCACAGUUGUUCCUAAAUUUGUUGAAAUAUGCAUUGCAACGAUAGACAAGAAGGGACUCAGUGUUGAUGGUAUAUACCGUGUCAGUGCAAAUUUAUCAAUGGUACAAAAAUUGCGGUGCGAAGUUGAUCUAGAACGUGAAGUGAACUUGGACAAGCCUCCAUGGGAUGACAUCCAUGUGUUGACGGGAGCAUUGAAACUGUUUUUCCGUGAACUUCCGGAUCCACUAAUCCCCAGUAAUAUGUACCAAAGAUACAUGUCAGCUCUCAAAGCGCCUGACAGACAAGCAAAAAUAAAAAUGUUCCGAGAAUUGGUAAAAAGGUUGCCGUCUUGUAAUUAUUCAACUCUGAAGAUGCUGUUACAACACUUGCUCAGAGUUGCACAGAGGGCAGAAGAAAAUCGUAUGCAAGAACAUAAUCUGGCAAUUGUUUUUGGACCGACGUUGAUGUGGCCGCAAGAAGAGACAGGCAGUGUUGCCUUAAAUCUUGUCUACCAAAAUCAAGUUAUUGAAUUUCUUCUCCUCGAAAUGAAAAAUAUAUUUUGAAAUCACAAACAUUAUUUUUGGUGAUCUUUCCAUAUUUUAGGUAUUUUUCUCCUUUUAGUGGUGCUUUUUUCCAUUCAUCUUUUUAUCUUGGCAACAUAUGUGUAAGUGCACAGGGAUAAUUGGUAUCAAUUGUUGUAAUCAGUCUUUUUAUAAAGACUGACUAUGUUGAACUAUCAUUGAUGAUCAUAUCAUACCAAUCAAUGACCAGCCUGUCAUGAUGAUAAACAAGUACCUUUGAUGAUCAUUACAUCAAUUAAGUUAGCAUUAAUGAAAAUAUCAACUUUAGGGUUAUUUAUAGUAUUAUUGAUGAUAAAGGAUUGAAAGGUAAUUCUAUACUGGAUCAGUUAUUGUAUUGUUUUUAAAUUGCAAGUGAACAGAAUUUUUAAGCAUUAAAAAAUAUGAUGAUGUACUAUUUAGAGUUGUUUGUGCAAACACUGGGUAAGAGUUGGUUUGUUAUGGAUUCACCCCAAUCAGCUAUUCAGUUAAUAUUUAAAACAGUAAGAUUUACUUUACUAUGACUAACUGUAAAACAAAGACUAUCACUAGUACAUUUUUAUAUAAUUAGCAAAUAGAACUGUACAAGAUAAUUAUAGAUAUUGUAUGAUAUAGUAGGAGGUAUGAAAUGACAAAUAUUUUAGUGAAAUAUUUAAAAGUUUGAUUAAAUUUAAAAGUCAAUUAGACAAUCCAAUUUCAAUUAUAUAAUUAUGUAAUUAACUUUUUUAGAUGAAAUAUCAUAUUUUUGAUUAUGUUUUUUAAAAAUGAUUAAUUUUUAUGGCAUGUUAGUAUUUGAAGUGACUCAAGAGGCUAAACAAUUAGGGAAGACAGUUUAAUAUUUUGGAGGUAAAUUUUGGAACAGAUUUGCCAGAAAUAACUUGCCUCAGAAAUAGUGUUACUUAACAAAUGCUGCAUUCUUUCAAUCAAUCCAGUGGCUUGUAACAUACCUUGGUUAAAUGUGAGCGUUUUAGGAUAAGUUUUUUUAUUAUUAAUGUCUGCUGAAGGCAAAUAAACAAUGAUAAAUAAAUGUUUAAUUGCUAACACAUUAUUUUAAGACAAUUUUGAUUUGUAAUUUUUUGUAUAUUAAACAAUUAAAAUUAAAUAACAUGGUAAUUAUAGUUCGCCUCCAACUCAAGACCACUGUUGGACCUGAAAUUUGGGUGAUGUGAAGGUUGAGUAUCCACUUGAGAGGGUAAAGCUUGUGUUAAAAGAUUGACGAGUUUUAUUUUGGUCUUUGAAAUGAUGGUUUUGAAUUGGAGGGGUCUGGAUUUGGAGGGUGCACUGUAUUUCAAUAAUGCCAAUCAACAUUGUCUAUAGUUUAAUGGCAGAUAUGCUGCUGUGAUAACAAGGAUAAUACUGAAUACAUCCUUUCCACUUAUAUCAUUUACAAAUAAGUAAUUACAUUACUAAUUUAUUAUGCAAAGCUUUGAAUAGUAGACCAUUAUUUACGUAAACAUUUUAGACAUUUAUUUAUGUUUAGAAUUGUGCUUUCACUGCACAUAUGUAAAGUACCUAUUACUAAUUUUCUUCAGUUUCAUACUAAGUCUUUCAAAGUAUUAGUUCAUAGCUAUGUAAAAUACAUGUUUUGUAGACAUUGCAACUUAUUAACGUUACUGUGCAUAUUAAUCAAGAAAGAAGACAUUACUCGUGUAUUUGUAUUUGUACUUAGAUUUAAUGUAUAAAUAUCAAGAAGUUAUUUUGUAUUAAUAGCAAACUCAACUAUUUUUUUCAUUCAGUGAUUUGCAAAAGAUGCCAUUUGAAUUAAAUUGUAUAUGUUAGGUUUGAAAGGAAAAGUUAUAUAAGCUUGUAAAUGUAUAUUAUAAGUUGUAUGAUGUGGGAAUACUUGUGGAACAGUUUCAAACAAUAUUUUUCUAAUUAUUUUUACACUUUAUAUUAUAUUUGAUUAUAUUAUUAGUGUAUUGUAGGAUUUUAUUUUUUUAAUGGGUCAAUUUACUAGAUAAAUCUUUAUGAGGCAGUCAAUCCUAAAAUAAGGAAUGAUCAUGAAAUAUUUUAUAAAAAUUGUUCAAAUAUUUAUUGACAUGAAGAUAAACCCUACAGAGGGCGGUCCUCAUUUCAAUCUUCAAAACUUGUAUAAUACGUAGAUGUUUGCUCCCUAUUAAAUUCUAAAUCUAGCACUGAUCUAUAUGUUUGUAGGGAAUUAUUUUACAAAUUUCUUUUGUCAUCCACUAUGUCAUGGGGAAUUAUUUUUUUUAGACUUUGUUUAUUACCAUAUCAACAAACAUUACAUACUCUUUUUAAAUGGAAUUUUUUUGGCAUUUAAAGAAAACUAUUUUCUUUCAUAACCUUAUUUUUAUUAUAUACCUAAAAUCUAUAUUUAUAAACAUAACUAAUGGUGGUUGUAACUGUCAAUUAAUCCAACCUUUGGACUAGAAAAUGACUAGUGGACUUACACACAGCCAAAUCUGGUACUGUAAUUGUAUGAUAUAGAAUAUUAAGGCUAACAAUGAUCAGUUUUAGGGGAUACUCGGGUCAUUGUUAAACAUUAUACUAUAUUUCGUAAAUGAACCAGUAAUACAAAUAAUAAUAAUUCCUUUAGUCCAAUUGAGUAGUUGUACCAAAAACAUUAAUAAUUAUGCAACUUUGAUUUAGUACGAAAGCAGAUGGUAGGAUGUGCGUUAAAAGACGUUCACAGAUGCUUGCAAGUGUGUUAAUAAGUGAUUGAACGGGUGGCUGUAUCUGGGUUUGCGUGAAUGAGUCUGACAAUUUCCAAUACCAGCAGAUUGAGGAAAUCUCAUAGAAAAAAACUGGGCAAUUUAGUUAAUUUUAACAGGGGUUUGCAUACAAAUGGGUAGCAGGGCCAAAGUGAAUUUUCAAUUAAAAACUGUGGGCCACACCCAAACAUUUCCUAAAAAACUUGACUGCUUUUACACCGCUUUAUACCUACUUUAUGUUAACAGAUAAUCAAUAAAUAGUUUAGAGAUGUGAUGCAGGCAUAAUAGGUGGUCAAUAGUUCACAGAAUAUUUAUGCAGGUAAAAGUGUUUAUAACAUCAUUGGAUUUUACGAUUGACUCGAAGAAUCUUUGCUGCAUAAACAAAAUAAUGUUGAGUGUCUGAAUACAAUUAGUGUGUGAACAAGAUACUAGGUUCAACAAUAAUUAAAUUUACACCUUUAAAAAAAUCAAUAAUUAAAUUGCAAAUAGAAAAUAUUACAUAUUUUUGUAUUUAUCAUCUUUCUGUAAUGGUUUUUAUUUGGUGAAGUCUGUCUGUAUAAAUACAUGCUCCGAAUUGCGAAUACUUUAUGGUUGAAUGUUUGAAAGCUUAUGAUUUUCAGUUUUGGGUCAUUGACACCUUAUAGAGCAUUUUUUAGUUUUUCUGAAUAAAGAUAUAACAGCAAUACAAA